UAAAUAAUUGGAGAUGAGGUUAAUUGUUAUGAGCGAAAUGGCCGACGAAACUGCUGUUGCCAAGGAAAGGCUAGCUCAAGAGGAGUAUGUCACGCCAAUGAGAAUGGAGCCUGAGCCAAAGAAACCUUCAGAUUUAGUCCCUGAAGCAAGUACUCCAUACUCUGACAACCCUCCACCAAAACCUCAGGCAAGGGUCAGAGGUAAGAAAGCUCCUGAACUUCCAGUAUUUGAAAGGAGAAACUGGUUAAUUCAUCUUCACUAUGUCAAGAAAGAAUUCGAGAACUGCAAGGCUCUAAUUAAGGACCAGCUUCAGGAAUCAAAUGGCCUGUGUGAGUACGCCCUCUAUGUCCAAGCCCUUAUCCUCCGACAAGAAGGCAGGAUUCAGGAAUCAUUAGAGUGCUUUCAGACUUGUGCCUUGAUUAAUGCUCAAAAUCCAGACAACCUGAAGCAAGUUGCUCGCUCUCUAUUCCUAUUAGGAAGGCACAAGGCAGCCAUAGAUGUUUAUUCUGAAGCAUCUCGGAUGACAGAGAGAGACUGGGAGAUCGCUCAUAAUCUUGGAGUCUGCUACAUGUAUUUAAAAGAGUAUCUCAAGGCCAAGGAGUACCUAAAGCAAGCCAUCCAGUAUAACAGACACGAUUUAUCAUAUGUAAUGCUUGCUAAGAUAUACUUGAUGGAAGGAGACAUUCAAAUGGCUACUGAUGUUUAUAAAAGAGCUGUUGAGUCUUUUCCUGAAAACCCUGAACUUUUGACAACUCUUGGUCUUCUGUACCUCCAGAGUGGUCAGAAUCAACGUGCCUUUGAGCAGCUUGGGAAUGCAUUGACAUAUGACCCCAGUCAUGUAAAAGCUAUUCUAGCUGCGGGUAGUAUGAUGCAGCAGCAUGGUGACUUUGACGUAGCUCUUACCAAGUACCGUAUCGCUGCUGCAGCUGUCCCUGAGAGCACAUCACUCUGGAACAACAUUGGCAUGUGCUUCUUUGGCAAGAAGAAAUACGUUGCCGCAAUCAGCUGUCUCAAGAGGGCGUCCUACCUGUCUCCGUUUGACUGGAAGAUCAUGUAUAACCUAGGCCUAGUUCAUCUCACCAUGCAGCAGUAUGCAUCAGCCUUUCAUUUCAUCAGUGCAGCCAUCAACCUCAGACCAAAGAUGGGACAGCUCUACAUGCUGUUGGCCGUUGCUUUGACUCAUCUAGAUGAUGAAGAGAAUGCUAAUAAUGCAUAUGAGCAGGCUGUGGAAUUGGAAGAAAAAGAUCCAUCAGUGUGGCUGAACUAUGCAGUGUUUCUCUACAAUAGAGGAGAUAGGAAGAAUGCGGCCAAGCACUUCACAACCUUUGAACACAAACUACAGAAACUGAAAGAAGCAGGAACUCAAGAAAUUGACCAAGAGUUGACAGAGACGGCUGGCAAGCUGGGACCAGCCCUCCAAGUGGGUGAAAAUCUGGUAUGGAAAGACCAAUCCAACAACAGGCAACAACAACCAAUGAGUAGCAAUCCACCACCACAACAGUCAACACAGGCUGCAGCAGCAAACUCUGAUGCAGCAUUGAUGGCGGCGUUACAGAACGCUCCACCGCCUUAUUCAGCAGUAGAUCCCGAAGCCGCCAAUCGACAGCAGAGAAGAAAAGAACUUGCACAGUAGACAUUCGGCUGUGAUGGAUCAUGGUUAAUUAGAGGACAGUGUCUGCAUGGACUGCCUUGCACUCAUCAGAGGAUGUAUGAAAUACAGUGGAUUUCUUUGUAGAUUAGAAAGCAUUGUAUGAUGUUUAUACUCAUUUGUAGUGACACUGCUUUCUAAAUAUGUUUGUACUUGAACUUAUUUACUGGUUAGAACUCUUUGAUGUUCAGCUUUCUCAGAUGUUGCUCUGUGGAUCAAUUAUCAGAACUUCAUAACAACAAUAAUAAUGAAUAUUAAUUUUCUGCAUUAAUACAUUGAGGUGUUUAAAGAACAAGCGGAAUGGUUGAUUCUAUUCCUUUGCCUUUAAAAUGUCUCAUUUUAAUUUGCGUGGUUUCUUAAAACUAAUUCAAACAAGGUAAAGAUUUUUUAAUUUGGUGAAGUAUUCUGUUUACCGGUAAGUCAAAGUGCUUCAGUGCGGCUUUCCACUUUUCCUGGGACAUGUAGUGUAGCAGUGUUAACACAUUUGAAAGAUGGCUUUCAGCUCUUUGUGGAUCUUAGUCCUCUGAUACUUACUUCAUAUAGGACAACAAAAGUAUAGGCAUUGUGUUUUAUAAGUGGUCAGGACCCCGUCUCACAAAGAGUUGCGAUUGAACCGAUCAAUCAUAACUCUGGAAAUCCAUCAGUGUCAAAAAAUUUUCUUUGAAAA